AUGACGAGCAUCGACGAUGUUGAGCUCCCGUUGACCGUCAAGCUCACCCCCACGCAAAACGGCCUCACCGUCCUGCUUCGGCUCAUCAAGACGAGGAACGCGGCGACCCACAGCAACGUCAUCCCUGGGCGCCACACUCUCGACAACUGGCGCACGAAGACGGUCGGCGCUCUCACCAAGGACUGGGAGCGGGUCGGAGCCAACCGCCCUCUGUUUGUCAAGGGCUUGGUCUGGUUCAACGCCAAGAUGCAGCGAGGCGAGCCGCCGCUUUGGGUCAUGCGGGCAUGGCUUGCGUCGGAACACGGCCUCGAGCGUCACUGGGACGAGCGCACGGGCCGCUGGCUCGACAACCCGAACGAGGGCUCGGCCGGCUCGAGCGCGCGUCCGCAACAACUCGAACCGCCGUACGGCGGGCCUCCAGGACCUGGAAACCCUGUCAUUCCUGUCGACUUGCCUAUGCUGCGCUCGCUCGGCACAACGCCGACCCACCAGCUCAGCUACGGCGCAGCGAGGCACUACCGCCUCAACAAGCAGGCGUGGGAGGACGACUGGGCGAGCGGCCGACGCUGCUGA